UGUGUAAUGUGCCCUGUCGAAAUGCUUCUCUUCAGACUCCAGCUGUAGAUGUUGUGGGUGUGGGUUUAGCAUCUGGGCAGAUCAUCAUUCACAAUAUCAGAUUCGAUGAAACGCUGAUGAAGUUCCAGCAAGACUGGGGUCCAGUCACAGCUUUAUCCUUCAGGACAGAUGGACAUCCAAUAAUGGCUUCUGGCAGUCCUAUUGGACAUAUAGGUCUGUGGGAUUUAGAGGAGAAGAAAUUUGUCACUCAGAUGCGAAAUGCUCAUACAACAGCCAUCGCUGGCCUCACGUUUCUUCAAAACGAACCCAUCCUGAUCACCAAUGGAGCAGACAAUGCCAUACGGGUGUGGAUUUUUGAUGUUGCCGGAGGGGACGGCCGUCUGCUAAGACAGCGGACUGGUCACAGCGCCCCACCAACAAAGAUUCAGCACCACGACCAGAGCAGCUUAAACAUUCUUAGUGCAGGUCAAGAUGGAACUUUGCAGUCAUUUUCAACUGUUCAUGAAAGAUUCAACAAGAGUUUGGGGCACGGCACCCUCAACAAAACAAGAGCAAAAAAGAAAGGUGUGACGAAUGACACGGCGAAACUUCCAGCCAUCACAACUUUUGCCUCAGAAACUGCUCGUCAGAGUGACUGGGAUGGCAUUAUUGCAUGCCACCGUGGUUUCCUUGUGACUACGACAUGGAACUACCAGAGAGGUUCGAUUGGUGCUCACAAGCUGGAACCUGAACGCUUCAACAAGAACCGUAGCCUCAAUGUCCAUGCAACUGCUGUUGAUAUCACAUCCUGCGGGAACUUUGCAGUGAUUGCACUGUCUUCGGGACACAUUGAUGUGUACAACAUGCAGUCUGGUUUUCAUCGAGGGCAUUAUGGGAAGGACAAGGCACAUGCAGGGGCUGUUCGCGGGCUCUCUGUGGAUGCUCUGAACCAGUUGACAGUUAGUGUGGGAGCAGAUCGCCUUCUGAAAAUCUGGAGGUUCAGAUCCAAGGAGCUGUUACACACACACAGCCUGCCAGCUGCCCCGGCGUCAUCUCUGCUUCACAGGGACAGGUCCAACAACACACUGUGCAGUCUGGUGUCAUUGCGCCCUCUACCUGCAGACUAUGAGCCGACUGUGAUCAUGCUGCCAGGCACCUGCCCAAGCAGAGAUACAGAAGAGGAGGAAGUUUUAGAUGCUGACAGCUCUGAGAUGGCCGAGUACAUUUCACCAGCACAGCUGGAUGAACAUCUGAUCACACUCUCUCUGCUUCCUGACUCACGCUGGAAGAACCUGCUGCAUCUGGACAUCAUCAAGAAAAAGAACAAACCCAAAGAGCCUCCAAAAUUGCCCAAAGCUGCACCCUUCUUCAUUCCCACCAUUCCAGGGCUGGUGCCCCAGUUUGCACUACCCAGCACACCCUCAGAGAACCAGGUAAAUACAAUUGAUAAUGUCUCUAUUGAGUUUGCCUUGCUGUCUGUUUGGUUCUUUUCUAGGUCCAACAACACACUGUGCAGUCUGGUGUCAUUGCGCCCUCUACCUGCAGACUAUGAGCCGACUGUGAUCAUGCUGCCAGGCACCUGCCCAAGCAGAGAUACAGAAGAGGAGGAAGUUUUAGAUGCUGACAGCUCUGAGAUGGCCGAGUACAUUUCACCAGCACAGCUGGAUGAACAUCUGAUCACACUCUCUCUGCUUCCUGACUCACGCUGGAAGAACCUGCUGCAUCUGGACAUCAUCAAGAAAAAGAACAAACCCAAAGAGCCUCCAAAAUUGCCCAAAGCUGCACCCUUCUUCAUUCCCACCAUUCCAGGGCUGGUGCCCCAGUUUGCACUACCCAGCACACCCUCAGAGAACCAGUCUAAAAUUGUCAACUUGGGAGUGUUGGCACAGAAGUCCACCUUCUACCUUCAGCUUGAGAACGCUUUAGACAACAACUCAUAUGAGGAGCCAGUAAAGCUGUUGAGAGAGUUAGGCCCCUCUGCCAUUGAAACAGAACUUCGGUCCCUGUCACCAGAUAUGGGUGGAGAUGUCAGAGUUAUGCAGAGCUUCCUCAAGAUGAUCAGCAGCAUUCUUCAGUCCAAAAGAGAUUUCGACCUGGCUCAAGCCUACCUAGCAUUGUUCCUUAAGCUCCAUCUUCGGUUCAUCGCAGACCAGCCCGAACUGAUGGAGGAGGCAGAAAGCGUGUCGGCACACCUGGAGGAGACAUGGAUGUCCAUGCAGACGCUCCUAAAUCAGAACAUUUGUCUGUUGUCUUAUAUCAAGAGUGCACUACUGUAAAGCACAUCUCUCCAGACCUCCUUUUGCUUUUCUGAGAUGUUGUUGACUGUUUGUAUCAGACUAAAUGUUCUUGCUCUUUUUUGUUAAAAC